GCAAGCGGUCCAGGCAUUGAGCGUCGACAAUCAUUUACAUUCUGUUUCUUUUUGCAGUGACCUCACAUCAAAUGGGCUGCAAUGCUAUUCCUCUCCCCUGGAAUAAGCGCCACAGAAAAACCACAGAAGAGCACCAGAUUGCAAAGGUAAAGGUCAGUGAAGUGCAUCAAGGUGAAGCCGAACAAUUGGGCACAAGGAAACUGGACACUCGCCCAGGGACCCCAUGUGUGCCGCUCGGCAGGAAGAAAAGCAAAAUCUUUCCUGGUUAAGGGUAAUGAAUACUGCAAUGCUAUGCAAACCAGAAACUCCAAUGAGUAUCAAUGUUAAUCAGUUACAGAAUAUAAUGGGACAGCCCUGUUCCAAAUGCGUUCAUCAUGUGUCUGUGCAAAUGCACCUGGAAUACGAGAAGGAUGUUGAGAAACUGGAGCAUGUCCAAAGGAAGGACACCAAAAUGGUGAAAGGUUUGGAAACCAUGAAGCCCAAUAAGGAGAGGCUUAGGGAGGUGGGUAUAUUUAACCUGGAGAAGACGGAGAGGUGGCAUGAUAGCUUCAAAUACCUGAAGGGAUGCUAUGGAGAAGAUAGCCAGCUUGACAACAUUUGUUAUCAAGGAGGAUGUGGACAGGCUGGAACGUGUCCAGAAGAGAGUGACCAAGAUGGCCAAAGGUCUGGAGACCAUCAAGCCUUAUGAAGAAUGACCCUGGGAGCUGGGCAUGUUUAUCUUGGGGAAGACUGAGAGGUGGCAUGAGAACCGUCUUCCAAUAUUUGAAGGAGUUUUGUGAAGAAGGUGGAGGGAGCUUGCUUCCUUUUGCUGCGAAAGGACUCUUCCUGGCCCUCCUCUGCGGCUCCAUCUGCUUCCAAGGAACAGAUUCAGUUGCAAAGCUGCGGCCGAGCAUCUCCUCUCCCCUCAUCUACACUCCUUUCUUUGGGCAAAACUUGGUCGUCUCUUGCGAGGGUCACUCGGCUUAUCCGAAGAGUGGCAUCAUCUACUGGCUGGCGAACGGGACUUUCGUGGACGAUUUGUACUCGGAGGACGCGGUCAGCGAGGAGCCCACCCUAGAGAAGUCCAGCGGCAAUGGCCUUUCCCUGAAGCGGGAGCUAGUCUUCCGCUCCUUCGCCCCAAAGGACCUGUGCACCAAGUUCGAAUGCAUCGUCCUGGAUCCGUCGGGAUCGGCCCGGAAGGCCCUCACCUGGGAGACCCCAGGCCCCAGCGGGAGGAAGGACACCGACCCGGCCAUCACCAGUUCUGCAAGGAGCAGCAGAGGCCCAAGGAAGAAGGGCUGCCAGGAAGCCUCAGGGGAAAGGACCAAGGCAGCGUAGCUGAGCAUGGAAGCCAGGGUUUGCCCUCAAGGAAGGAUGGAGAUGGAGCAUCUGGACGGCUUUGGGAAGCACCCUUCCUGGGAAUGUAAGCUCCUUCCAUGCCCUGCUUGGAAAUAAAAUCUGCAGACAACUGCCUUUUG